AUGAUAGAUUCCAGGUUGACCGCAUAUAAUGCAGUCAACGACAAAUUGCCUACUAAUCCUUAUGAUAGUGAUCACAAUGCUAUAGCUAUGUUGCUAGAUACAACCAAUGCAUUUGGUGGUCUUUCCCCAGCGAACCUAACCAUAGGGGAGAUCAACGAGUACAUCGCAAAACUGGAGGACACAAUACUAAACGCCAUAGAUGCAGUUGUUCCAAUCUCUAAACGACGGAUUAGAAAGGGCUGCUUAAGAUUUGUGAACACCAAGAUCAAAAAACUCCACAAAUACAAAUCUAAGCUCAUUACAGCAUUAGCGAAAAUUGACAGGCAAGAACUGGUCAAGGAGUUCAGACGGGCAGAAUCAUCCUAUUGGGAAGCACUAGCAAAGGAUAUCAACUUCCGUGACCCGAACAAAUUCUUCCAAAACAUCAGUUCUCAUUUUAGGCAUAAAGAACCCCCGCAUAUAGACGACCUCUUGAUAGACCGAAACAACAAUUUAUACCCUAUUGAAAUCUUGGGACCCGAACCGGCAACCAUAGUCAACGACAAGAUUCGGAUCACUCAACCAUCAACUAAAUUAAAUGUUAUUGGAAAAUAUUUCAAGUCUAUCAAUUCUCCACGGUACACGAACAAUAAUACAGAAACAAAAAGGAAAGCCGACGAGGCAGCCAACAGCAUCAAAGCACAACUCCACAAUAACAGAAUUACCUCACGCACGCAUACUACAUUCUCUGUAAACAACCGAGCUUUCUCUCCCAUUGCAGAUCAAAUCGAGCGGGCUUACUUUCACUCCCACCUGGAAGUCAGAGCUUUACUAAAGACAGCAAAAAAUAAGACAUCUUGUGGACUUGACAAAAUCCCGAUGAUUGUAUUAAAAUAUAUACCAACGGAACUAAUCAUGGAUAUCACUACCAUAUUCAACAAUUGUCUGAACCACUCGUAUUACCCUGAAAGAUGGAAGAGGGCUAAGAUAAACAUCAUGGAACACGUGGAGAAUAACAACAUCAUUCCGGAUAACCAAUACGGGUUUAAAUCAAGUCACUCGACCACUCAUGCCAUCCAUAAAUUCGCGUCGGAUUUGAAUAAAUACUUACUCAAUAGCAUGCUGAUUGGGACAGUAUUAUUAGAUUUAGAAAAAGCUUUUGACUCAGUCUGGCUCAAUGGCCUGAUCUACAUUUUAUUGGAGCGUAAUUUCCAGAAGGAACUGAUACUCCUCAUCUAUGACAUGUUACACUGGAAAUCGUUCGUAGUCUGGAAUGGUACUCUCACUUCCUCACUAACCUUCUGGAUAAGGGAAGGACUCCAACAGGAAACAGUAACAGCCCCAAUUCUGUUCAACAUAUAUAAUAGUGAAAAUUUAAAUCUAUUCGAUUUGAACUCAGGUAACCAAACCCUUUCCAGUGUUUACGUCGACGAUCUAGUGGUAUAUGUUGCUGACAGGAAAAUACCUAUUAUACAGCAAAAAUUAGAAAAGAUAAUUAACGAUAUAAAUACCUAUUACAAACUCUGGAACCUACGGAUCAACCCCACCAAAAGUGAAACUAUAUUGUUUCGCAAAACGGUCAACGAGAUUUCACCACUAACGGUACCACUAAUUAAAGACUUUAGUAGUAAAAUCAGUGACAUUAAUACAGACACAUCCAACGAAAUCCCAAGGAAGGAUCUAGUCAAAUACCUGGGAAUCAAUUUCGACUAUCUCCUACGGAUGAAUAAACACCAUACUAUUCAACUAGACAAAGCGAAAAAAGCUUUUCGGGCCAAUGCAAAAAUCUUCUACAAUCGUCACAUGGAGCAUAAAGCUAAAUUAAUUUGUUAUUAA